AUGCCUGAGACGUUCAAGCACACGUUCGACACCGCCGUCUUCAAGGGCGACGUCUCUGUCCCCCUCGGUCUCUACAUCGAUGGCAAGUGGGUCGACGGUGCCAACAAUACUACGAUCGACGUCAUCAAUCCUACGACCGGCAAGACGUUCACGAAAAUCGCCGAGGGGACCCCCAAAGAUGUCGACACUGCCGUCGCCGCCGCCCACAAGGCCUUCGAGACCGUUUGGGGUCUCAACACCACCGGCAGCGACCGCUCCCGCCUCAUGCACAAGCUCGCGGACCUCAUGGAGGCGAACGGAGACAGGCUCGCCGCGCUCGAGUCCCUCGACAACGGCAAGACCUUCCACUUCGCGAAGAACACCGACGUCGAGCACGCGGUCGCCUGCAUCCGCUACUACGCCGGCUGGGCCGACAAGAUCCUCGGCCAGGUCAUCGAGACCUCCGAGGCCAAGCUCUGCUACACCCGCCACGAGCCCAUCGGCGUCGUCGGCCAGAUCAUCCCCUGGAACUUCCCUCUCGUAAUGAUGAUCUGGAAGAUCGGCCCCGCGCUCGCGACCGGCUGCGCGAUCGUCAUGAAGCCGUCCGAGUUCACGCCCCUCACCGCGCUGCUCAUGUCGCAGCUCAUCCACGAGGCCGGCUUCCCCCCUGGCGUCUUCAACCUCGUCAACGGCUACGGCGGCGUCGUCGGCCAGGCGAUCUCCGAGCACCCUCGCAUCGAGAAGGUCGCCUUCACCGGCAGCACCCUUGUCGGCCGCAAGAUCAUGGAGGCCGCCGCCAAGUCCAACCUCAAGAAUGUCACGCUCGAGCUCGGCGGCAAGAGCCCGACCAUCGUCUUCGACGACGCAGACCUUGACCAGGCCGUCAAGUGGGCCGCCUUCGGUAUCUACUUCAACCACGGCCAGACGUGCUCCGCCGGCUCGCGCAUCUUCGUCCAGGAGGGUAUCUACGACGAGUUCCUCAAGCGCUUUACGGAGCACACCAAAACGCUCAAGGUUGGCGACCCCUUCAACCCCGAGAACUUCCAGGGCCCGCAGGUCUCGCAGCAGCAGUACGACCGCAUCAUGGGCUACAUCGACUCCGGCAAGGAGCAGGGCGCGACGCUCCACCUCGGCGGCAGCCGCGUCGGCAACGAGGGCUACUUCAUCACCCCGACCAUCUUCACCGACACGAAACCAAACAUGAAGAUCGUCAAAGAGGAGAUCUUCGGGCCGGUGUGCGUGGUGAUCAAGUUCAAGGACGACGCCGACGUCGUCGUGCAGGCGAACGACUCCGUCUACGGCCUCGCCGCCUCCGUCUUCUCCCAGAACCUCACCCGCGCAAUUUCGACGGCGCACAAGCUCCAGGCGGGCACCGUCUGGGUGAACAACUACAACAUGCUCCACCCGAACGUGCCCUUCGGCGGCUACAAGCAGUCCGGCAUCGGGCGCGAGCUCGGCGAGUACGCGCUGUCCAACUACACCACGACGAAGGCGGUGCAGGUCAACCUCCACAUCAAGAUCUGA